AUCUAAAUCUAUCUUUUCAUCAAUUUGUAUCUAUUACAUUGACCUUAUCAAAUAAAAAUCACUAAUUUAAGCCCGAUUAAGUAUACAAUUGCUUAUACAAUAAUUAGGUUAGGUUAGAUUGAUAGAUAGGAAAUUGUUUCGGUUGAAACGAUGUCGUCGAUACCGAAAGAACCUGAACAGGUAAUGAAACAGAGAGAUGGAUCUGUGUUAGGUAAAAAAACUAUACUUAAAAGUGAUCAUUUUCCUGGUUGCCAGAAUAAACGUUUAUCACCUCACAUUGAUGGUGCUCCUAAUUAUCGUCAGGCUGAUUCAUUGCGUGUACAUGGUGUUGCGAUCCCGACUAUUGAUGGUAUUCGGAAUGUUCUUACUUAUAUUGGGGCACAACAAAAUAAUGUUCUUUGGAUCAACCUUCGUGAGGAGCCGGUAGUUUACAUCAAUGGACGACCAUUUGUCUUGCGUGAGGUUGAGAGACCCUUCUCCAAUCUUGAAUACACGGGUAUAAAUAGGGCAAGGGUGGAGCAAAUGGAAGAUCGGUUGAAAGAAGACAUAUUGAUCGAAGCUUCAAGAUAUGGAAAUAAGAUUCUAGUAACUGAUGAACUGCCGGAUGGUCAAAUGGUGGACCAGUGGGAGCCAGUUACACCCGAGUCUGUGAAAACACCUCUACAGGUAUAUCUGGAACUACAAACAAAACAGUUUCUUGUUGAUUAUGAACGCAUUCCAGUAACAGAUGAAAAAGCACCUAAGGAACAAGAUUUCGAUACAUUGGUUGAUCGGAUUUCGAGAGCUGAUUUAAAAACAGAGAUCAUUUUUAAUUGUCAAAUGGGGCGGGGACGUACCACGACGGGGAUGGUUAUUGCUACCUUGAUUUAUUUCAAUCGAAUAGGAGCUUCUGGCAUCCCAAGGACAAACUCAAUUGGAAAUGUUUCUGCAUACGGGUCAAAUGCUAGCGACAACAUGCUAAAUACAGAGGAGGCGCUUCUUAGAGGCGAAUAUACUGUCAUAAGAAGCUUGAUCCGUGUGUUAGAAGGUGGCGUGGAAGGGAAAAGACAAGUGGACAAAGUUAUCGACAAGUGUUCCUCCAUGCAGAACUUACGUGAAGCAAUUGCUACAUAUCGAAAUAGUAUUUUGAGGCAACCCGACGAGAUGAAGAGAGAGGCGUUGCUUUCCUUUUUUGUUGAGUACCUUGAAAGGUAUUACUACCUUAUUUGCUUUGCUGUAUAUUUACAUACAGAGAAAUCCAACGCCAAUUACAACUUCUAUCAUUGGAUGAAAGCAAGGCCAGAGCUGUAUACAAUCAUUCGCAGAUUGCUGAGGCGGGACCCAAUGGGUGCUCUUGGUUAUGCAAAUUUAAAACAGUUGAACAAAAUAAAAAUGAACAAAUCUGGUGAUGAUCACCCUUUUGAGAUGGGCAUAGUGGCCGUCUCAAGGACUGGGGAGGUUUUGGGAAGUCAAACUGUUCUUAAAAGUGAUCACUGUCCUGGCUGUCAACAACCAAAUCUACCUGAGAGAGUAGAAGGAGCACCCAAUUUUAGAGAAAUCCCCGGUUUUCCCGUCUAUGGUGUUGCAAAUCCAACUGUGGAAGGAAUUAAAUCUGUUAUUCAAAGGAUCGGUGGUUCAAAAAAUGGCAGGCCCGUCUUUUGGCAUAACAUGCGAGAAGAACCGGUUAUCUACAUAAAUGGAAAACCGUUUGUGCUUCGUGAGGUUGAAAGACCUUACAAGAACAUGCUUGAGUAUACGGGAAUUGAUCGGGAAAGAGUGGAGAGAAUGGAGGCUCGGUUAAAGGAAGAUAUUCUUAAAGAAUCCAAACGCUAUGGUGGGGACAUCAUGGUUAUUCAUGAAACCGAAGAUGGAAAGAUAUUCGAUGCAUGGGAACAUGUUAGCACUGAUGUAGUCCAGACCCCACUAGAAGUUUUCAAAUCCUUGGAAGCUGACGGCUUCCCCAUCAAGUAUGCCCGUGUACCCAUCACUGACGGGAAAGCCCCCAAAAGUUCAGAUUUUGACACAUUGGCCCUCAAUGUCUCAUCUGCACCAAAAGACACUGCUUUUGUAUUUAACUGUCAAAUGGGUAGGGGGAGGACGACGACUGGCACUGUAAUUGCUUGUCUUGUGAAACUUAGAAUUGAUAACGGGAGACCAAUUAGAAUAUUACUUGAGGACAUGGAAUGUGGAGGUGAGUUGGACAAUGGUACAUCAAGUGGCGAUGAAGGUGGGGCUGAGUGUGCACCGAAGGGCAGAACAAGAGUCAAUGCAAGUCAUGCGUUUGGUAUAAACGACAUCCUUCUAUUGUGGAAAAUAACAAGGUUUUUUGAUAACGGGGUGGAAUGUCGAGAAGCAUUAGAUGCGGUGAUUGACAGAUGUUCAGCCUUGCAGAAUAUACGCCAAGCUGUACUUCAAUAUAGAAAAUUAUUUAAUCAACAACAUGUUGAGCCAAGAGAAAGGCGGGUGGCACUGAACCGCGGUGCUGAGUAUUUAGAACGUUAUUUUCGGUUGAUUGCUUUUUCAGCAUAUCUUGGAAGUGAAGCAUUUGAUGGGUUCUGUGGACAAGGGGAAUGUAAAAUUACCUUUAAAAGUUGGUUGCAUCAGAGACCAGAAGUACAAGCUAUGAAAUGGUCGAUAAGAUUGAGACCUGGACGGUUCUUUACAGUCCCUGAAGAAUUGAGAGCUCCACAAGAGUCUCAACACGGUGAUGCAGUAAUGGAGGCGAUUGUUAAAAAACGUAAUGGUUCAGUUUUGGGAAAGGGAUCGAUACUUAAGAUGUAUUUCUUUCCUGGUCAAAGAACGUCCAGUCAUAUACGAAUCCAUGGUGCUCCACAUGUUUACAAGGUGGAGGGUUAUCCUGUGUAUUCCAUGGCAACUCCAACAAUUGCUGGUGCUAAAGAAAUGCUAGCUUAUUUAGAUACCAGGCCCACUUCAGAAUUAAACGGUCCUCAAAGGGUGAUUCUAACCGAUUUAAGGGAAGAAGCCGUGGUUUACAUCAAUGGCACACCUUUUGUUCUUAGGGAACUAAGUAAACCUGUAGACACACUCAAACAUGUGGGCAUCACCGGCUUAGUGGUAGAACACAUGGAGGCUCGGCUCAAGGAGGAUAUUUUAUCAGAAAUAAAAAAAUGUGGUGGUCGGAUGCUUUUACAUCGUGAAGAAUAUAACCCUACAUUAGAUCAAGUGAGUGUAGUUGGAUAUUGGGAAAAUAUAUUUAUAGAGGACGUAAAAACACCUAGUGAAGUAUAUGCUGCUUUGAGAGAUGAUGGGUAUGAUAUAGUUUACAAAAGGAUACCAUUAACAAGAGAGAGAGAGGCCUUACCAUCUGAUGUUGAUGCAAUACAGUCCUGUAUGGAAAACUGUGCCGGGUCUUAUCUGUUUGUGUCACACACAGGAUUUGGGGGUGUCGCAUAUGCAAUGGCAAUUAUAUGUCUAAGACUUGAAUCAGAAGGGAAGUUAGCAUCUGGUAAUCAACAUUCAUCCUCUUUGAAAGAUUCAUAUUUAGGAGCACGUGAAAAGGGUGAUUACCGUGACAUACUUAGCCUUACUAGGGUUCUAGUGCAUGGUCCGGAGAGCAAAUCAGAUGUUGACGUUGUUAUAGAAAGAUGUGCUGGAGCGGGGCACCUUCGAGAUGAUAUUCUCUUCUACAGUAAGGAACUUGAGAAGUUUGAAGGCAGUGAUGAUUACCAUAAAGCAUAUAUCAUGGAUAUGGGUAUCAAAGCAUUGAGGCGCUACUUUCUUCUGAUCAUGUAUAGAUCCUACUUAUACUGCAAUUCUGCUGGAGAGAUGAAAUUCACAACUUGGAUGGCGGCCAGGCCUGAACUUGGUCAUCUUUGUAAUAAUCUCAGGAUUGAUAAAUAAGGUUGCUGUAUAAAUGUCAAUUUCAUUAUUAGUUGUGUAUAGCGGGUGUUCGUUUUAGUUUAUAGUCUACCAACCGCGAGUCACUGGCCCAAAUAUUAAUGAUGCUAUCAUUCAUUCAUAAGAAUGCUAUGCUAUAUGCUGAUGAUAUUGUAUCUAGUGCAUAGAGGUCAGGUAGGACUUUCUUGUAGAUUAUAGAUUUGUAGGAUAAACUUGCACAAAUUUGUGUUUUGUUGGUCUAGCUUUAAUUAUUUUAUAUGUAACCUCUAUCUAAUAAUAAAUCUCAAGAUUCCUGGGGUGGAUCAUUUGCAGAUAUUGCCUGUUCUUCGAAGUUCCAAAUAUGUAUUCAAAUAUAUAUAAUAAUGUUCUAAGGA